AUGGGGAUGCUAUCGAGUAUUUAUCACGAAAGGCACGGGGGGCGGGAGAAAGGGGGACGCCAUCGCAGCGCAAAGCCGCGUAUCAGGUGGGAGGAGUCGCGCAGGAACGAGGCUGAGGAGAUGCAGGCUGCGCAAGGGAUUCUCAACAGCAUGGGGAAGGAGAAGUUGUACCUGGCCAAGGAGAUGUGGUCAGUCGUGAUAGGUGCCAAGGGCGCGAGAAUCCGAGGGAUCGAGAAGGACACAGGAGCCAAGCUUCAGCUGAUUGAGGAAGGCAACACCUCCUUCCUGCAGAUUUCCGGGACUAACAGCCAGCGACGAGAGGCGCUCAAGAUUGUUCGCUCACACCUCGACCGGCAGGAGCAGGAGCUUUUGCCUAUUCCAGUUAAGUUUCAUGGGUUGAUCAUCGGCAAGCGAGGUUCCGUUGUGAGGGAGAUUCAGCGAGAGUCAGGAGCCGUUGUCAACCUCGUGAGGCUACCGGAACCCGGCUUGAGGGGACAAAGCCAUCGGCAUCACUCGCCACAUGACUCGAGAGCUGCCUGCGAGGCGGCGAUAGCUCGUCUUGAGAGCAGCGGGAACAUGUGGGAAGAAUCUCUAGAAGAUCAGCUCAUGGAGGAAUACAUCCCCACCCAGGUCUGGGAGGAGGCUACUGCUAUCGCCUUUCAGAGAGCCAAGGACAAAUACCAGGAGGAGCGACUAGAACGAGCGCGACUGGAGCGCGGGAUAAUUUUUUGA